AGAGACACAAACACCCGCACAGAGAGGCAGAAAGAGAGAGAGGGGAGUGUUAAAACGUCUGCUCGCUUCCUUCCAGCCUCAGCAUCGGCUCGGUUUGUGCAGGAGGCUGCAGCUCCAUCCCUCCAGGAUCUCCAGCGUCCAGACAUGAUCACUUCCCACUCCGCCCGCCUCACUCUCAGCUGGGAUCUCUUCAUUGGGCUCUGCAUGGAUGAUACCAGCCUUCAUGGAUUUCCCACAGCACAACUAAUUUGACUCAAACACGGGAUUGGUGAAAAGAGAAAAGACAGAAAAGAAAAGAAAGGAGGCAACACCAGGUGGUUUCCAGCGGUUUUUUUUUUUUUUUAAGGUUUGUGGAAGCAGCUCAGUCUGCCUUGGACAUGGGACCGUGCGUCAGCCGAGAGGGAUCAGGAAGAGCCUCUUCUUGAAGGAGGAGAAGCCCGUGUUCGGGAGUUUUUUUUCUUUCCUUUUUUCAAAUUCAAAUUUAUUUGCUCGUUCGACCGGGGAGGGGGGAGCUGUGGGUUUUACGCGCCGGAAUGAUGCGUCCCAACCGCGGCUUCAUCCUGCUCCUCCUCAACGGAACCGCUUGUUUGGUGGCACUGGGUCAAGAAGACGACUCCUCUGGGCCCAAGAGCUCCUCGGACGACUCCUCCAAGACGGUAGGCCUCCUGAGCGGCCAGGCUCCCAUCUCGCCACUCAGCCGCUGGAUGCUGCACAGUAAAAGUCGAGCGGCCAACGCCACCUCCCUGGAGCUGCCCUACCGCUCCCCGGUCCCCUUCUCCAAGCAGGAGUUUUCUAAACAGGAGUUCUGGGAGAUGCUGGGCAGUGAUCUGCUCAAACCCGACGCCUCCAGCUCCAGGGUGAAACGCCGGCCGAUUGUUAAGACCGGCAAGUUCAAGAAGAUGUUCGGCUGGGGUGACUUCUACUCCAACAUCAAGACGGUGAGGCUGAACCUGCUCAUCACUGGCAAGAUUGUGGAUCACGGUAACGGCACAUUCAGCGUCUACUUCCGGCACAACUCCACUGGCCAGGGCAACAUUUCUGUCAGCCUGGUGCCACCUGUCAAGGCGGUAGAGUUCGACCUGGAGCGCCAGAGUGUUGUCUACCCCAAGGACUCGAAGAUCUUCAACUGCCGCGUGGACUAUGAGAAAGUGGAUCGCAGCAAGCGCACCUCGUUGUGCAACUACGACCCAUCCAAGACCUGCUUCCAGGAGCAGAUCCAGAGCCAUGUGUCCUGGAUUUGCUCUAAGCCUUUCAAGGUCAUCUGUAUCUACAUUUCCUUCUACAGCACAGACUACCGCCUGGUGCAGAAGGUCUGCCCGGACUACAACUACCACAACGAGAUGCCCUACCUGCCCUCGGGCUAGAAGACUGUUCAGAAGAGGGGAGGGAGGAGAGGCGGGAGGAGAGAGGAAAAGGGGGAUGAGUGGGAGUGACUGCUGGGCUGUGAAUCGUCCUUAAUGCCACAGUGGCAGCAAGACACCUUAAAAAAAACCCUCUUUGUAGCCUGAUUAUUGUAAGAUGUAAAAACAUAUAUGCAAAACAAAAACUACAGUAUGCAGAUAAUGAGGCAUUUGAAAUGCUUAACUGCAGCAUUCAUUAACUGGACUGGUAGUGAAAGUCAAACGCCGCCAACAUGCACAUUCUUACCUCAAUCCAGUUUAUAAAUGCCAACUUCUCGCCAGCUAUUUCUCUCUUCCAUUAAGCCAUUUGUGAAUGUUGUCUGAAUGUCCUUUUAAUCACCCUUUACAGUAUUGCUCUUUUCUUUUGCAAAAGGCAGUAAUUUAGGUGAAAGGGUGCAUUUAAAUGCUCCUUUGUGAUCCACUGGAGAGUCGCAUACGAAUUCAGGCUUGAUUAUGAACUUCAUCUCCCACUGUAAAGGCAAACAACGUACCACGGGGAACAUGAAACAUUGUUUUUCCUCACAAAGAGCAGAUGAAUGUAAAGCGUAACCACCCGGAGGAUCAUGCAGGUUACGCUCGCAGUCUUUUCAAAGGGCAUAUUUUCUACGUGAACUAAAAAUCCAUCCCAGAACAAUGCUGAAAGCUUCUCCUCCUACUCAGUUUCUCUUCUAUGACAUAAGUGCCCCCCCCCUUCUCCUGUGUCCUUGUCAAUAUUCAGUGUUUACAGUCCAAAACUAAUCACAAUAUAUCCUUCAGUUACGUUUCAACAAAAGAAUAAAAAUAUAGAGAUGGGGAAGGAUGGGGGGGAAAAAAUAAUACGAUUUACAAAGAAAGAGAAAUUGCUCAACAGAGAUUCAGGGGCAGGGGUUUAAGACAAGUUCAGUGUGAGGGGAAAUAACUAGAUUCAGCAUGGAGAUAGAUUUGGCCCUCCACACUUAAGAGAGAGGGAGCAAGGUGGGGGAGAGAGAGACUCAGUGAGCUCGUUUAAUUAAAGUGGAGAAGGAGAGUAUGCAGCGCCUUCUAUUGUCCCCUCUGUAUGAAAAAGAUUACAUUUUGUUGCCGUCAGGAUUCCUGAUUUCACGCCUUGAUAACUUUGACUGUGUGAGGGAGAUUGCUCUCUCCCGACAAAUACUGUGUUCACUAAAGUCAGCCCCGUUAUCUUGAAUAAAUGAAAAUAUUAUCAUAAUAAUUACAUAUAAUUUAAUCUCCUUUAGAACUAAUUAAGGUUUCAACGAGAGGGCAAAAUGUAUUCCUAAAAAUCAAGUCAGCGGGUAGGAGGAUAAGAGGACGUUUGCGGGGAUUGUUGUGUUUUUGUGCCGAGCCACAAGCCCAGAGUUAACUGCUCUCAUUAAGAUAAAUGGCCACUGGCUGGCCCGUCUCAUGUUGCGUUCACAAACAAUAUCAGUGGAGAGCAGCGCCACAAUGGAGCUGUGAAUUAGUUGGCCUGACAUUCUGUACGCGCAGAGGUUACAACUGUCCUGUUUAUGAGGACACGAUGACUUCUUGGUUCAUUAACAGUCACGAGACAGGUGUGAAGAGUCAUUAAACAGCGAGAUCAGAUCACCGUGUUGACGCUGAUGUAUUGUGACAUCGCUGAGAUUCGUGCACGCUCGGCUGAAGCUGCACGCUGGAGUCCCAGGUGGACUCGGUCACCACAAAGCCGUCGCCCCUGUGGGGAGAAGAGACAUAAAUGCAUCGCUUUGGCUGCUCUGUGUGAGCUGGGAGAGCAGGAGUAGGAGGGAGAAUGCAGUCGCAGGGCUAAAGAUAGCAACAAAGACCUGUAAAUCUGCACAUCAAAGCUUUUAGUUUUUAAUUUGCUGUUAAAGAGGAGGGGAAGCGCCGCUCUGUAUGAAGCAACUUGUGACCCAGAGCGAAGAGCAGCAGCAGUGCAUCAGCAUGUCUGCAGGGGACAGACAGCUGCAGCACCUGCAGUCGCUGGAAAUGCUGCUCAUCUGUCUCUGUCUGGUCUGACUCUCUGGCUGCAGGUGUGAGCUGCUAUUAGCCACUCAUUUCAGACAGUAGUCUCCUCCCUUUCUGCUUUCUGCAUGGGCGCAAUUCCCCUCAACAGUAACAAUCUGAGCAGCAACCUGCACUGGAAAUGAAAAGUUGAGGAGUACAGGGUGUCCUCCAUAUGUAAGUUGAAUCAGUCAUCUUCUUACAUAUCUGGACAACACAGCUUUGCUUGCCAGGCAACUGGUCAGAAAUAUUACAGAACAACCCUCUGUAUAUCUGGUCAUGAACCUUUAUUAAAUCAUCAAUGGCAGGACUAUAUGAGUCUUAAAUUCAGUUUAUCUAUCGAAUCUGAUUUUAAUACAGUUUCAGGACCUAAAUCCCAGAUUCUGUCUCACAGGACUCCGAUGUUGAUCCGUUCGGUUUGACUGAUCUUUUAACUCUUGAGGCAGCAGUCACCAAUGCACUGAUCCAUUUCACCUAUAGAAACUGAAUAAAGUUCUGCUCCAGCCAGGCUAGAGCCACAUUCCACAAUCAAAUCCUACAAAGAGCUAAACUAUAGACAAGCUUCAACUGCUGGGCACCAAAUAUCAAACUACUGGGAAAAGCCUAAUCACAAAUUGUUUUUUAUGGCAUUUUCUCUUUUAAGAUAAACUUGACUGAUCUCUCAGUUGAUGAAUUUAUGAAAAAAAUAACCAGCAAAAGACAUUUCGGUAGUCACACCUCCAUAACUGCACAAGUAUGUCUGAGAUUAGUGUAGAAAAGAACACAACAAACAAUAUAAAGGCAUUAGAAACACAAAAAGAAAGCUGAGGCUGCUGUAACUUGCUGCCGAGAGUGCACAGAGAAGAUAAGUUCAUUCCAGCUCUACAGACUGCGAUGGUCAAAGUUUAGGAUGCAAUGUUAUGACAAAGCACUAUGUCUCAACUGUAUGAGUACUUCAAGAACUGGCAGCUGUAGUGCACAGUUAGACUAUAAAAUGUGUGAUUUGCACAGAGCUACAGUCAGAGCAUCCAUGGUUUAACAAUACCCAAAAUGUUUCAAGCAAACAAAACACCGUUAUAGCAGAUUGAUAGUGAGGUGCAACCAGCCAGACCAGUCAAACCUCCAUCUCCUUUUGCAUUUUUAUCUCAGCUCAUAUUUCAUAUAUGCUUGGAUGCCCUUCUUAUUGACAACACAACAAUGUGAGUUUUUCCACAAUCAAGAAUCCUUUCCCUAUGAAUCAGAAAGCUAUAAGAAACUGUGCAGUGACUGAUCUGAUUCCAGUUACAGUUUGUACAGUAUUUAUUUGAAAGUCCCAGUGGAACAUACAGUAUAGGUUUGGCAGCAGCUCCAACUAUGCGCCUGACUCUUGUACUUUUGCUCUAUUGCUGGAGGAAAUAUAAUGUGCUUAAAAUGCAUCAACCAGCAUGAAUGAACCACUGCCUUCUGCUCUGUUCAUCCAUUUCCUCAUCCUCCAGUUCUCUCUGUCCCUUCCCUUCUCCAGAUGUCCAUGUUACUCAGCCAUCCCCCCGCUGUCGUCCUCUCCCCCUGUGUGACCCGGCUGACUGGCCUCAGCCUCCAUACCGGCUCUACCUCCCUUACCCCGGAGUUGAACCCUGCUGAGGGUAGUUCCUCAUAGCUGCCCCGCCCGCCCUCCAGCAUGCAGUGCUGAGCUGAGCUGGCUAAUCUCUGCAAGCUUAACAUCGAGCCAAGCGAACAUCAGCAGUGAUAACUCCCCUCUCUCCUUCUCUAUUUCUCUCUGUAUCUAUAUCCCAUCAAACAAAUGCGAGUGCACACGCAGUCUUAGGAUGUGCCGGUUUUUAGGUAUCUUUCUCUCUCCUGUUCAAAGCAUCUUACGUAAGCCCCUGGAUUGUGAGGACGUGAAAUCUCCUCGAGAGCAUGCCAAUGGAGUGCCCAACACAGAUACGCCCCAGUAACCUCAAUACUCCUCCCCACACUACACCCAGCACCCCCGUCCUGCAGGACGUCUGGAGAGAAGCUGGAUGCUCGACACGUGAUGGAAUCAAAGCCGGGCAACAUGAGCCCACAGCACUGUACCCAUGUAGAAAAAUCAAGGACACAUGUUGGGCUGCCCACUGAGAAGAAGCUCCGCUCUCUGCUCCUUACUGAUCCUCUCAGAUUUACAGCAAUACUCUCACCAAGACUCCACCCUCUCCGCCUCUCUGGGGCGACUUAAACAAAGGCUGCUGGACUAAGUUCAAGAGACAGUUGUGUUGCUGAGGAAUGGGCAGUGCUGUUACAGCAGCAGCCUUACCAUUGACCCCAUCGUGGGCCAACAGACAUGUGGAUAUUUGGCCUUAGAGACUGCAAGACAGCACUGGUCCAUGUUUGCAAAGAAUAGUAACAAAAUCAGGCUGUCUGAAAGAAAUAUAUAUAUAAAAGUAUAUAUAUAUAUUAAAGCUAAGAGUCCUCAGAUCUGAAUAAAGUUGUAUUUAAAUGUGGGUCAUGCAGUGAAGGUUGUCUGUUUUACCUUUUUUUUUAUUUGUUCCUCAUGGUUUUCUUUCUGUCAUGUGGAUGAUAUACUGUAUGGAUGAUAUGAUGGCAUUAACUGUGGUUUUCAACAUUCUAAAAAUCAAUAAAGUACACAGAAGUACUUGAAGCCA